CAUGACUGCGCGGAGCGGGGAACCAACACCAUGCGAGCACAAAUUGAAGUGAUACCAUGCAAAAUUUGUGGUGAUAAAUCCUCUGGAAUACACUAUGGAGUCAUCACAUGUGAAGGCUGCAAGGGAUUUUUUCGGAGGAGUCAGCAGAACAAUGCAUCCUACUCCUGUCCAAGACAGAGAAACUGUUUAAUUGACAGAACCAACAGAAAUCGUUGCCAACACUGCCGACUGCAGAAAUGUCUUGCCCUGGGAAUGUCUCGAGAUGCUGUGAAAUUUGGAAGAAUGUCCAAAAAGCAGAGGGAUAGCUUAUAUGCUGAAGUGCAGAAGCACCAGCAGCGACUGCAGGAACAGCGGCAGCAGCAGAGUGGUGAGGCAGAAGCCCUCGCCAGGGUUUACAGCAGCAGCAUCAGCAAUGGCUUGAACAAUCUGAAUAACGAAACUGGCAGCACCUACUCAAACGGGCACGUCAUCGAUCUGCCGAAGUCUGAGGGCUAUUACAACGUGGAUUCUGCCCAGCCCUCCCCAGACCAGUCUGGGUUAGACAUGACUGGAAUCAAACAGAUAAAGCAGGAACCUAUCUAUGACCUCACCUCUGUACCAAACUUGUUUACCUAUAGCUCUUUCAACAACGGGCAAUUAGCUCCAGGGAUAUCCAUGAGUGAAAUCGAUCGAAUUGCACAGAAUAUCAUUAAAUCUCAUUUGGAGACAUGUCAGUAUACAAUGGAGGAAUUACAUCAGCUAGCAUGGCAGACCCACACAUAUGAAGAAAUAAAGGUUUACCAGAGCAAGACAAGAGAAGCUCUGUGGCAGCAGUGUGCCAUUCAGAUCACCCAUGCUAUCCAGUACGUGGUGGAGUUUGCAAAGCGCAUAACAGGCUUCAUGGAGCUCUGCCAGAAUGACCAAAUUCUCCUUCUUAAGUCAGGCUGCUUGGAAGUGGUUUUGGUGAGAAUGUGCCGUGCCUUCAACCCACUUAACAAUACUGUUCUGUUUGAAGGAAAGUAUGGAGGGAUGCAAAUGUUUAAAGCUUUGGGAUCUGAUGAUCUGGUAAAUGAAGCAUUUGACUUUGCAAAGAAUUUGUGUUCCUUACAGCUGACUGAGGAGGAGAUUGCCUUGUUUUCAUCUGCUGUUCUGAUAUCACCAGAUCGAGCCUGGUUAAUAGAGCCAAGGAAGGUCCAGAAGCUUCAGGAAAAGAUUUACUUUGCACUUCAACAUGUUAUUCAGAAGAACCACCUCGAUGAGGAGACAUUGACAAAGUUAAUAGCCAAGAUACCAACAAUUACUGCACUUUGCAACUUGCACGGAGAGAAACUGCAGGUAUUUAAGCAAUCUCAUCCAGACAUAGUGAACACACUGUUUCCUCCAUUAUACAAGGAGCUUUUCAAUCCAGACUCAACCACUGGCUGCAAGUGAAGGGGAUAAUAGAAUUUUCACGUAGUCAUGGAAUGCAUCACUAAUGCAAAAAGCAGAACUGCAAAUGAAUCAUGACAUACUGGGUAAAAAUCUGGCUCCAUUGAAACCAGCGGCAAACCCUUCACUGAUUUCAACAGUGCCAGGAGUUCAUCCAGCAUUUUUACAUCUGCAAUUCUCUUCUGAUCUUUCUCCCUUGUUUAAUAUAAUUGACCUUAUUUAUGUGUAUGUGAGUAAAAAGACAGCCUGAUUCAUUUAGAAAGUGACCA